AUUUAGUUUUUGAGCUAUUUUUCUAAAGCAAUAAAAAAAAGAGUGUUUCUUAUAUUGAUUCUCGAGAUCUAUAACCACUAGCGCGUGAAUCAGUUAGACCUUAAGCUGUUAGGUCGUUUUCUUCACAAGCGAAUCAAGUCAAAUUAAUGGAGGGUAUGACUGAAAAAGAAUCUAGUGAAUUGGGGAGUGCUAAGCAGGCCCACAUGUGUGAAACUACCGAAGAAUGGCUACCGGUCGCCUUGAGAAAUCGUGAGCUGGCCUAUGGUUUUGAUCUGGAUUACAAGAAUGAUCCGCCUACAUUAGUUCCGUGUACUUGGAGUAAAAACUAUGCUAUCGGUCUCUAUGGUAGGAUUGGACUCCAAUGCUACAAUCUUCAGAAUGGAACAAACUUAAAGUUUAAACGCUUGGAGAAACAUAGUACCAAGCGGACUGGUCGGUACUCCAGUGUCUACAUAACUUUGGACGCAACCGAUCCGGCCACUGGCUCUGUCUGCUCUUUUCAGACUCAGUUUAGCAAUGCAGGAAGCCACCUUCGGUUGAGGGCUAGGAUUACCUGGUUGACCUUUGCCGCCAGAAUCAAACAAAUACCUAACGAGCCUAUAGAUGAUGACUGGGACGAGGACACACCUGGAAUAAAUGAGUUCUACAAAGUUCCAUUGCCCAAAUGGUUUUCUGAUGAACGUGGCAGUAAAAAGUAUUACGUGGUGCCAGAAUCAGAGCUUCAUGACAAUGACUGGCUUCAACUUCUCAUGGAAGUCGCCUUCUUCUCCAAAGCAAAUCGUCGUUUGGAUGCUUACCUACCCUUGGAGCUCAACAGUGUUGUUGUGGAAACCUUGGAAGAUGAGCCUCGUGACAAGCUCAAAGCUGAUAACGCAAUCUUCUACAUUAGUUACAAGUGUUGCGCCGAUCCUUGUUCAACGCCUUUGGCUGGUGAUCACCGUGCCGUAGUAAGGAAAACCAUGGAUGGCAAACCAGGCCACAUGUGUCUUGAGGUUGCUUUUACCAAAGAACAAGAAAAUGAGUAGAGACAGAGAGACAUGUGGAUCUGGUCUGUUAUAGUUUAGCAGUUAUUUAACUAGUGGGAUCUAUAUCUAACCUCCUCUGUGGGAUUUCUGUUUGCAGUGCAUAAUUUGAUUGAGAACCAAGUAACACAA